AACUCUCUCAAAUUGAGAUUGAGAUAAAAUGUGUGAAACUUGAAUCUUGUUUAUAGUGCUCAAACUACAGCCCUACGUAAUUGGUUGUUGUGUAUUGCCUUUAGACCAAUUGCUAUUCAUAAAGUGGAGCAAGUUAGCUAUUGCAACAACUCCAUAGAGCUUCCAUUUACUGAAUCCUUUUUCUCUACUCUUUAUAUAACUUCUCUUCUUCAUUUGAGUAUAUUCCAACCAAUCCCAUAAUAGAAUAUACCCUUUUCUCUUCUCUCUAUUUGAUUUGCUCAGAUGGACUCAAAACAGAGCUCUGAUGAAGCUGUCCUUAUUCCAAAAAGCAGGUCCAAGGGAAAAGCAGUAGUGGAUGAUGCUUCCCCUGCUCCUGCUCCUGCUCCCGCCCCAGUCGCAGCCAUCGUGAGCAACAAAAAAGUGACUAUAGCUCGGAGAGUAGGAUGGAAAAAAGGCAUUUCCAUAUUCGACUUUGUUCUAAGGCUGUGUGCGGCUGCAGCCGCCUUUGCUGCUUCUGUUGCCGCCGCACAAGCAGAGGAGAUUUUACCUUUCUUCACGCAGUUCCUUCAGUUCCAUGCUGAGUACAAUGAUCUUCCAACUUUACAGUUUUUUGUGAUAGCAAAUGCAGCAGCUGGUGCAUAUCUUGUACUCUCGUUACCCUUUUCUAUAAUAUGCAUUAUUCGACCCUAUAAAGUAGGACCAAGGCUCCUCCUCCUCAUCUUAGACACGAUAAUGACUACUGCGACGAUAGGUGCGGCGGGUGCAUCGAGUGCAAUCAUGUACUUGGCUCAUAAUGGGAGUGUGGAUGCCAAUUGGUUAGCAAUUUGUCAGCAGUUUACGGACUUUUGCCAGCAAAUAACUGGCGGCGUUGUUGCCUCUUUUGUAGCUGCUGUCAUUCUCAUUGCACUUGUUGCCAUUUCUGCUGUUGCACUUAAAAAAACCACUCACUAGAUUCAUUACAUUUUACUUAUAUCCUUAUUCUACUACACUUCUACAUAUGGUAUCUAUCUACGGCUUAAUAUGUGAGUAAAAACAUCUUUCUUUUUGGAAUUUCUUGCAAAAUUGUUUACUUUCUCCUAAUCAGCUCAGCACCACAUAUAUAUAGGAAGAGAUUGGAUAUAUAUCUAUAC